AUGAUAGACACUGAUAGACUUCCCAAAAGAAAACUUAUUAAUUCCCCCAAAAAAGAAAAGAAAAGAAAAGAAACAAUGACGGGCUCUGGUUCUCCUUGUGGAGCUUGUAAAUUCUUGAGAAGAAAAUGUGUUAGAGGAUGUGUUUUUGCACCAUAUUUUUGCCAUGAACAAGGAGCUACUCAUUUUGCUGCCAUUCAUAAAGUGUUUGGAGCUAGUAAUGUUUCUAAGCUUCUUGCUCGUCUUCCUAUUAGUGAAAGAUGUGAGGCAGCUGUUACUAUUUCUUAUGAAGCUCAAGCUAGGCUUCAAGAUCCUAUCUAUGGCUGUGUUUCUCAUAUCUUUGCUCUCCAACAACAGGUUGUGAGUCUUCAAGCACAACUUGCUUCUCUGAAGGAACAAGCAGCGGAAAGUAUUAUGAAUGCGUCCGGUAAUGGGGGCGGAGUGAAUGAGAAGAUUAAUAGUAGAAAGGUUCCUUCUCAUCCCCAAGAUCUCCAUAGCUGGUUUCAAUCGGAGCAACCGAACAUAACGCUCGAGUUCAAUCCGACUCCGAUACCGAAUAAUAAUAAUAAUUCUGCAUCAAAUUACCCUAAUUAUUAUGAUGAGAAUUAUCACAUUAUGGUCAAUUCACACUCCAAUGGGAACUAUGAGCAUCACAUGGCUAAAAUGGAAGAAAGUGGAUCAUAUGGAAGCUUUGAAGAAACCUCAGGCUAUUCCAUGUACACUCUUGAUCAAUUGCAUUCAAAUGUUCAACAAUGGAGCUUCAAUGAGUCUGCUGAUGAUUUACAAUCAGUUGCUUUUGGCAAUAGACAUUGGUGA